AUGUCACUAAUCGCCACCAUCCCCGUCGCGCGCUCUUCGGCAGGCCCAUUCGCCCCGCGCAUUUCCCCUCCCUUCCGCGUUCGCCUCCGCAAUCCCCCGCUCAAUCCCACUUUCCGCCUUUCCCUCUCCGCCCGUAUAACUUUCCGCGCGUGGCAGCCCUUUCCCCGUAUCCCUCCCGCCUCCGCCGCCUCUCGCGUGGGCGCAAUCCGCAAUUCCCCACCCGCCCCUUUUGGCGCAUUCCGCUCGUGGCGGAUCCGCCUCUCCGCGACCGCGGAAGCAGGAGGCGCAGCGGAAGCGGAAAGCGCGCCUGGAUCACUCGCGUUACCGGCGGAGGGAAUUCAGGAGAGGCGUAGGGAAGCUGCGGGAGAGGAGGGAGAGGGUACAGGGUUCUGGGGAGAGGGGACUGGAAGGGACGAAGAAGGAGGAAACGGGGAAGAGAGUGCGGAGGGGGUAAGUGGAGAAGGGGAAGGCGGAGAGGAGGAGGGCGGAGAGGAGGGCGGAGAGGGGGAAGGCGGAGAGGAGGGGGAAGAAGGGGAGGGCGGAGAGGAUUGGGUGCGGAUGGCGGCGACAGAAGAGCGGGGAGGAGGGAGAGGGGAUAGCAGCAACAGAGGUGAGGUGGAGGUGUGCUGGGAAGGCGGGGAGGAGGGGGGGGUGAUGGCGGCGACAGAGGAUGCAGUGGGCAUAUGCUGUUCUGCCAACGAUCUUCCCAACAUUCACGGCGUGCUCAAGCAGAGGUUCGCGGAUUUCAUAGUGAAUGAAGUAGCACCAGAUGGCACGGUGGUGCAUCUGACGCACCUGCACGUGCCGCCCGCGCUGCUGGCACAGGAGCAGCAGGCGCAGCAGCAGGCGCGCAGGCGCGAGGCGGAGAGCCUGGGGGAGCUGGUGGACGCGCAGGGGGUGCUGGCGCAGCUCCGCCAGGCGCUGGGGGGGAGCGCGGAGGGGGGAGGAGGACUGCGCGAUGAGGAAGAUGCGAGGAAGCUGCUGCAGCUGCUGGAAGGGAUUAAAGGCAUUCAGCUGUGGUGGAAAGAGAAGAAGAGGGGAGGCGAGGAGGACAGAGGAGAAGAGGGAGGAGAGGAGGGUUCUGGGGAGAAAAGGGUGGAGGGGAGCGUGCAGGGAGGGGAGGGGGAAGGAGUAGAGGCGGGGAAGGGGGCUCCUCCGCCCAUGCCUGAGCCGGUGGUGUUUGCUGCCAGUGCUGACAAGGCGUACCGUGCUGCCAUGCACGCGUUUAUCAAGUCAUACCCUUUCCUUGUAUCCGACACUAUCGACGCCCCUCAAGGCCCCCCCUACCGCUGUGUGCGCCUGCGCUUCCUCCCCCCGCCCGCCCUCAACCUCAAGGGCGCAGGGGGGCGCGCAGGGGAGCGCGGAGGGCGGGGGGAAGGGGGGCAGAGGGGCGGGGACGGGAGGGGGUGGCGGGAGGGACGCUGGGGGGGGAAGAGGGGGGGAAGGGGCGGGAAGUGGGGGAAGCGGGGGAGGGAGGAGUGGGAGGGUGGGGAUAAGAAGAGAGGGAGGAGGGAUGGUGGUGAUGGCGAUGGGGAGGAUAGGGGGGAAGGGGGGAAUGGCGGAGAGGGGGAGGGGCGGGGGGGGGAGCAGGGGGAGGAGGAUCAGCCGGCGUUUGACAGGCGGGGGAGGAAGGGCGCGGAUGGGGUGCCUGCAACCACUGCCCGCCGCUUCCUCAUGUGCGUGCCCUGGCGUGUGUGGGAUUGGAUUGGCCUGGUUCCACGUGUCGAAGGAGAACAAGGACACCAACCUUACCUGUACCCCUCUUUCCCCCACCCGUCUUCCACUCCCCACCCCCCAGGUUCCACGUGUCGAAGGAGAACAAGGACACCAACCUUACCUGUACCCCUCUUUCCCCCACCCGUCUUCCACUCCCCACCCCCCAGGUUCCACGUGCUCAAGGAGAACAAGGACACCAACGAGGCCAUGGCGCUCGUGGGGCGCUACCUGGGCGUGCAGAGCCGCGCGCUGGGCUUCUCGGGCAGCAAGGACAAGCGGGCUGUCACCGUGCAACGGGUGACAGUGAGCAACCAGUCAGCGCGCAAGGUGGCAUCACUCAACGCCAAGCUGUUUGGCAUCCGAGUGGGCGACUACCGCCUUGUGGACCAGCCCCUCGUGCUGGGACAGCUGGCAGGCAACCGCUUCAUUGUCACUCUCAGGGCCGUGAGAGCAUCAAGUCUGGACGCCAUCACAGCAGCGGCGGAGGGCCUUCGCUCUCAUGGCAUUAUCAACUACUUUGGCCUUCAGCGCUUUGGAGUGGGUCCGGUGGCGACGCACACGCUGUCAGGGCUGAAGCGCAACCCGCGCAAUCUGGUGCAGGCGCUGGGCUUCAUCCCGCGCACCAUGCGCCUCAUGUACGUGCACAGCUUUCAGAUCUAUCUGUGGAACCAUGCAGCCUCACACCUUUGCCCUUCCCUCAUGAACCCCCCGUCCUUCACACCCCUCCCCCCACCCUUCCCUUCCCUCAUCCCCCCAUGCCAGGUACGUGCACAGCUAUCAGAGCUACCUGUGGAACCAUGCCGCCUCACACCGCAUCAAGACGUAUGGCUCCACCCGAGUGGUGGCAGGCUCCACCCGAGUGGUAGCAGUGUUGCUGCUGCGGCUGCUGCAGCAGCAGGGAGAGCAGCGGGCGUGGGGGCAGAGGGGCCGGGGAUGAGGGGCACAGACGCAGAGGCGGAGGCAGAGGAGGCGGCAGCAGUGGCGGUGGAGGCGAGGGCGGAGGGGGAGGAGGUGAGGGUGGUGAGUGAGGAGGAAGCAGAGAGAGGGGUCUACUCCAUCGACCAAGUCGUGCUGCCCCUGCCAGGCUGCUCCAUUCAAUACCCCACCAACUCCACUGCUGAGGUCUUUCAUUCUCUCGCCGCCAAGGAUGGCAUAGACCUCUACACCAGCAAGCACAGCGUCAAGGAAUAUUCCAUUGAGCGCAUUCCAGGGGGCUACAGGCGCUUGUUACAGCGCCCCUCCAACUACAACUGGCGAGUGCUGGCGUACUGGCGUCCCACGCAAGUGUUGGCAGAGACUGAUUUGGACCGCAUCGCUGCUGCUGCCCUCGCAACUCCUGCCCCCACUCCCGCUACCUCUGCCGCUGCUCCUGUCUCUGCCGCCCCACCUGCUGCCCCAUCUGUGGAUCCAGCAGCAGACUCGAACUCAACAGCAUCAGCAGCAGCAGCAGCAGUUGGUGCUGCUUCCACUGAUGCCCCUGCUGCAUCUGCUAGUGGUGAUGCUGCUGCUACGUCUGGCAGUGACGCUCCUGCAGUUGUAGAGGCAGCGCAUCUGUACUAUGGGUUCAAGCAGCCAGGCUACAAGGGGGCGCUCAAACAGGCGCAGAGGGGAGAAGAAAAGGCAGGGGUUACUGCUGGCGCUGCUGCGCUCAGUGGGGUAGAGGCAGCAACAGGAGAAGCAGGGGCAGGAGGGGAAGCGGCAGGGACAGUGCCGGCAGUGGUGGUGUUGGCUUCAUCAGAUGGAGUGAAGCUGGGCAGAGAUGAGCUGGAACGCCUAGGGAUUGGGGAGGGGCCUAUCGGAGCCCUGGUGGAGGGGGUUGAUGGGGGGGAGGGCGAGCGUGGGAAAGGCGGAGCUGAGGCAGGUGCGGUGACAGAGGAGGCAGAAAAGGCGGAAGGGAUUGUUGAGAGUGAGACGGAGAAAGGGGAAGAGGAGGGUGGUGAUGAGAAGGAGGUAAAGCAGGGCGAAUUGGACGCUGCAGCGGGUAGUGGGGAGGGGGAGGGGCAAGUGGCAGGGAGGAGGGGAGAGCGAGGGGUGGAGGGAGCAGCACAUGAGGGAGUGAGGGUGGCGCUGCAAGUGGAGUUCACUCUGCCUGCGUCGGGAUACGCCACCAUGGCCAUCCGUGAACUGCUUAAAUCCUCCACUGCUGUGAGUGUGACCAACGAUGCUGGCGUUCACAAGGUGUUCAACGACAGGGAGGACGGCCAGGGCUGA